CAUCUCUUGAAUCAUCCUUCCCAAAAAAACUCGUUUUAGAGAAAUCCUGCUCCGAAACCAUGGUGUGCUGGUCAUGCAGGGCUUGCAAUUUUGUCCCUGCCGGAGAAUUACCAGAUGAACUACUCUUCAUGCUAGUGUUUGUUGGGCAGAUCUUUGGAGCAGAGUAAGUUCCAUGCUGAUGGGUGUUGUUCUGGUAAGGCAAGAAGUUCAGAGGGGACUCAAACAAGAAGAGACUCAAAAUCAGAGUUAAAAGCCAGCACUAAAUCAGAUAUAAAAGCAGGAUGAUGGUGGGAGGCAAACUAAGUAUUCAGAGAAGCAGGUUGUUUUCUGAUCAUUAUCACAAGAGAAAAGAAUCCGCAAGAGAAAUGCAUUCCAAUGACUUAGAGACCCAUUUGCAAUUGAUGUGAUCCUUUGCAUGAUGGUGUUAUCCAGAAACAGAGGAGUUAUUAAAAUGCAGGUGUAAAUGUUACUUUUUGGGUGAAGUUUUAAGGUGAUGGAUGGAUAUAUAGUUAUUCCUCGCAAAAAAUGUUGGGAGAAUAUUGCAAAAUAACCCUUUUUUUCUGUCUUGUAUCAUAACUGCCUUAGACUUGUUGUAUAGCAACUCUCUUUGCUGAUUAAAUCAGAGAGAUCAUACUCGAUGUACAAUUUGGUAGCCAAUAAACUUUGGUUGUUCCA